CGCACCGGCCCCGCAGGAGCGCAGCGCCCAGCCCGGGGCUGGCAGGGGCGGUGCCCGGCGGCGGGGCGGGGUGCGCGGGUGCGGUGGAGCCGGGUUGGAGCCGCCGCGGGAGCCGCGAAGCGAGCGCCGGGACAGCGCCAUGGCUGAGAAAUGCGACGUGGUGGUGGUCGGGGGGGGCAUCUCAGGUCUCUCAGCAGCCAAACUGCUGACUGAGUCAGGCUUGAAUGUGGUGUUGCUGGAAGCCAAUGACAGGGUUGGCGGAAGAACUUUCACUGUACGGAAUAAGCAAGUUAAAUAUGUGGACCUUGGAGGAGCUUAUGUGGGGCCAACACAAAAUCGUCUCCUGCGGUUAACUAAAGAAUUAGGAAUAGAGACCUAUAAAGUGAAUGAAGUUGAGCACCUGAUACAUCAUGUCAAGGGUAAGUCUUAUCCCUUUAAAGGUCCAUUCCCUCCUAUGUGGAAUCUGUUGGCCUACCUGGACUACAACAACCUAUGGAGGACCAUGGAUGAAAUGGGAAAGGAGAUUCCCAGUGAAGCCCCAUGGAGGGCUCCACAUGCAGAAGAAUGGGACAAAAUGACUAUGCAAGAUUUCAUAGAUAAAAUCUGCUGGACAAAUGCUGCCAAGAGUUUUGCAACUCUGUUUGUGAAUGUGGAUGUCACUUCUGAACCCCAUGAGGUCUCUGCCCUUUGGUUUUUGUGGUAUGUGAAGCAGUGUGGAGGGACGACGAGGAUAUUCUCAACAACCAAUGGAGGGCAGGAGAGGAAGUUUGUUGGGGGCGCCGGCCAGAUCAGUGAGAAAAUGAUGGAGCGCCUGGGAAGCCGAGUGAAGCUGAAGAAGCCAGUUGUCCGCAUCGACCAGUCGGGUGAAAGUGUCAUAGUAGAAACCUUAGAUCAUGAAUUAUAUGAGGGCAAAUAUGUGAUCAGUGCCAUUCCCCCAGCUCUUGGUCUGAAGAUUCAUUUCAACCCACCUUUGCCCUCAAUGAGAAACCAGCUCAUCAACCGAAUUCCUAUGGGCUCAGUCAUCAAGUGCAUUGUGUACUAUAAGGAAACUUUCUGGAGGAAGAAGGGGUAUUGUGGUACCAUGAUCAUUGAAGAUGAGGAUGCUGCAAUUGGUCUAACACUUGAUGAUACCAAGCCUGAUGGCAGCUUUCCUGCCAUAAUAGGCUUCAUUCUUGCUCGGAAGUGUAGAAGACUGACAGGUCUCACAAAAGAAGAAAGGAAAACAAGGUUGUGUGAGCUCUAUGCAAAGGUUCUGGGAUCAGAGGAAGCUUUACAUCCAGUGCAUUAUGAAGAGAAGAACUGGUGUGAAGAGCAGUAUUCUGGGGGCUGCUACACAGCCUACUUCCCUCCAGGCAUAAUGACUCAGUAUGGAAGGAUUAUUCGUCAGCCCAUUGGCAGGAUCUAUUUUGCUGGCACAGAGACAGCCACAGAGUGGAGCGGAUACAUGGAGGGGGCUGUACAGGCUGGAGAAAGAGCAGCGAGAGAGAUACUGUUUGCUAUGAGGAAAAUCCCAGAGACUGAAAUUUGGAAGCCAGAACCUGAAUCGAUUGAUGUUCCAGCUUUGCCCAUCACUACAACCUUCUGGGAAAGGAACUUGCCGUCUGUCCCGGGACUGCUAAAGCUGAUCGGAUUUUCAACUUUCUUCACUUCUGUGGCGGCGGCAGGAUUAUUUGUCUACAAAAAGGGACUUCUUGUUAGAAACUGAAAAAGCUGUGUCUUUCUGUGAGUACGCUGUGGACAUUAUUACUGCUAUGGGAUUAAAAAAGAAGAAUUUGCUGCUGUUUUCUUGACAUCUUCAACGUAAAAGGAAUAUGUGGCACUUCAUCUAAGUGGAUGCCAGCAUGAUGAGAAAAAGUGUAGGUAGAGAAUCAAGUUGCUUCCCCAUGGGUGGAAAAAACUGUUAGCACUGGCUUGCCUUUUUAAAGUUCCUUAUGCCAACCGUUCAAUGAAAGCAAGGAAGUCUGGUUUAAUGGUUAACCAGUUGUGCUCUAUUUGUAAUUUAUUCGCGUUUGAUGAGAAAUCUGUUAUCAUGAAAGUUCCAGCAGUUUACCAGCUUCAUAAAAUGUACUAUAGAAAUAAUUGGAUUUGUCUCUUAUGGGCUGAUUUGUGUUAUCAUGCAUUUUAAAACUUGUUUGCAAAAAAGAAGAGGUUUACUUGCUUCUGCACUAUUCUGAUAGCAACAGUAUGUUGCAAAAGUUGGGCCAUGGCAUGCAAAGCUGUGUUAAACCAAAGUAUUUGAAAGCUAAUUGUAUAAACUACGUGACAAAACAAGGAAGUGAGCAAUCUGAGGCAGCCCCUUGUCUUUCCUUUUACUGGUACAUUUUUGUUCUCGGUAGAGAUCUUGAUUCCAAAUAGCACAUCUGCUGUCACUUGCCACUGCUCUCAGGCAAGAAGCAAACACGAUUAAAUCACAGAUUUCAAAUGUUCCUUAGUAAACCUGACCUGUGUUUAAAUGGACCGACAUUCCCUCUCCCAUCUCCAUCACCUUAAGAUCACCUUCAUCUUACAGACUGUUCUUCAACAGACAUAAAAAUGAGAUGGCCAAAGCAGUCUUGCUUUCAAAAUAUUUCUACAAUCAAAUCAUGUAGGCAUUGUCAUAAACUGCUGCUUAUAGCGUGUCUCCUGUGGUUAUGUGCAGGUCAGUGUUCAGUGAUGCCUGCCUCUGUGUUUUGGAAAAAAAAGAGUGACUUCAGUUUGCAGGAAUAUGUAUGCUGUGUGUGUGAUGAAUUUGUGCCUUUUAUAACUGUAGCAUUUUCUCAAGUGCCUCUGUGGUGACUGUCUCCCUUGGUUUCCUUCUCAAGUUCCCUUUUCAAUAGGCUCUGCAGAUAUUUCUAUCUGACAGCUGUGAACUUUUUUUACCCUUAAUUAGAAUCAAUAAAUAUUGUCAUGUCACACU